CUGAAGAUUCUAUUCCAGAUGCUCCUCUAUCUUAUCAAGAUGCGGUGGCAGAAACGUCUACAGACUCAUUUACAACAGCAACUUCAGAUGUUGCCAAUACACAUUAUAUUCUUGAAAGAUUUACACAUGAUCUUAAUAUAUUAAAGGAUAAAAUUAAAUCUUUAGAAAAAGU